UCUUGCUGGCGCAAUAGUAUAGUACUUGCCAGAAGUUGUGAAGUCACUUGUGUUGGGACUUGGGACACCGGCAGUGCAAGAAACUUUGGACCAAUAGUGUGCUCUUACUACUCUCGUUCCUUUUAUUGUGCGUUUCGUCUUGGAAUCGACGGGACUUCUUGGUACCCGCCAAAUUCACCGGGCGGAGACCACCCCGGCUCCGCCUGGUUGUAUUACUAUACGAUGAACUUGCUGUCCCCGCCGCAAAACCAAACCACCUGGCGGCGGAAGCCACUAGCCAACCCCCAGCUCGCACAUUUCCACUUGUUCGAUCGCUCAAGCCAAUACAAUAACCCGAGUCCACCAGGUGAUCGAGCUAGCUAGAGUGCGGAGCAUGGCGGAGCAGGCGAGCGGCGGCAUCGGCGACAUCCUCGCCACCGGGGACCGGGACUUCCUCGUCCGCAGCUCCGGCGAGCAUGUGAAGAUCAGCAGCAUUGAGGCCAGCUCCGUGGCCCUCUACUUCUCAGCCUCAUGGUGCCCACCUUGCAGGCGGUUCACACCGAAGCUUAUCGAAGUAUACGAAGAACUGACCACACAGGACAAGAGUCUCGAGGUCGUCUUUGUUUCUCGCGAUAGGGAUGAGGAGUCGUUCAACGCAUACUUCGCAAAGAUGCCGUGGUUGGCUGUCCCAUUCUCUGACUCUGAAUGCCUUCAGCGCUUCAACAAGAGGUACAAGGUCAAUGGCAUUCCGAACCUUGUCAUCCUUAGUGGAGAAACAGGUGAAAUUUACACAAAAGAGGGCGUUAAAUUUAUCAGCGAGUAUGGUAUAGGGGCCUCCCCAUUCACAUUAGAGAGGAUCAAUGAACUGAAGGAGCAGGAGAAAGCAGCGAAGGAUAACCAAACUAUUCAUAGUGUUCUUGGCACACACACCCGUGACUACCUGAUUUCAAACACAGGAGACAAGGUGCCCAUUUCUGAGCUUGAGGGGAAGUACGUCGCUUUGUUCUUUAUGGUGAGGCCAAUCGAUGAGUUCACUACAGUCCUCACUAAGAUAUAUGAGAAACUCAAAGAAGUGGGAGAGAAAUUUGAAGUUGUAGCGGUAUACUUCAACAACGACGAGUCAGUGUUUAGUGAGAGUUUUGCAAGCAUGCCUUGGCUUGCAAUUCCUCGUGGUGACAAGGUGUGUGACAAACUGGUUCGCUACUUUGAGCUUAGGACUCUUCCCACACUUGUCUUGAUCGGACCUGAUGGGAAAACACUGAACAACAACAUCGCCGAUGUAAUUGAAGAGCAUUGUUUUGAGGCAUGGGAAGCGUUUCCCUUCAGUGAUGAGAAGCUGGAAAGUUUUACUGAAAAGUCUAAGGCCAAAGAAGCAUCACAGACUUUGGGAUCCCUUCUGGUCAAAGAUGACUUGAACUUUGUCAUUCAGAAAGAGGGAGCGAAGGUUCCUGUAUCAGAACUUGUGGGGAAGACUGUCAUCCUUUACUUCUCAGCCAAAUGGUGUCCACCAUGCCGAGACUUCCUGCCUACACUUGUCAAGGAGUACAGCAAGAUCAAGGAGAAGCACAGUGAUUUUGAGAUCAUUUUCAUCUCUAUCGACAGGGACCAGAGCUCCUACGACGAGUUUUUCUCUGAUAUGCCAUGGCUUGCGCUUCCUUUGGGAGACGAAAGGAAGGAAUCAUUGAUGAAAAAGUUCAAAAUCCUUGAGAUCCCUUCACUCAUCGUCGUAGGUCCUUCCGGGGUGACACUCACCAAGGAUGCCAGAUCCCACCUGCUGGCGCACGGUGCCGACGCGUUCCCUUUCACCGAAGAGACGCUUCAGGAGUUGGGGAAGAAGCUCGAUGGAGAGGCCAAGGCGUGGCCUGAGAAGGUGAAGCACGAGCUGCACGAGAGGCACGAGCUUGCCCUCGCGCGCCGUGACACUGCUGACACCUACAGCUGCGACGGCUGUGAAGGGCUGGGCAGCUCGUGGUCCUACAGGUGCGAACGGUGCGACUUCAAUCUGCACCCCAAGUGUGCGCUGGGGAAGGGCAAGGGAGAGGCAACUGAUGAAUCCCCAGCUGGAUAUGCACGCGAGGGAGGUGUGUGCAGAAAGGCAUAGAAUUGUGCUCCUGAUGAGCUGCCGUUCUACCUGAAUCUGAAUGGUGUGUGGUGUGAUAAGUUAUAAACAUGCAAUGGUUUUGCUUGGAAUUGAAGUGUCUG